UUUACCAGAGAGUCAUAUUUGAAUCAGAAGUUUCACUGGGCUGUUUUGAAUAGUUCUAAGGGAAGGGAGACUGCUGUAGAGGGUUUCUCAGAGGAAAAGGGUCAACCUCUUGGGGAGGCUUUGGGAGCCAUCUGUGUGGUCACCCACGGCCUCAUUCUGACGUCCAAAUUGUCCUGGGACCCUCCACUGGGGUUGGGGCAGUCCCAGAUUUGGACCACCCUCCACUCCCACGCCUAACCUCACACUCUCAGCUGUUUCACUGGAUGUUGCAUCAGGGAGGGUGAUGAAAUCAGUGUCAGUGGAUUUUACCCAUGGAUGCAACAGGCUGAAGGACUGGCCAGGGUCAUUGACACUGAGCACCUUCAACUACCCAGAACUCCUGGACUUCUUAGCCAUAGUGUAGGAGCUGGAAUAUCUAAAUUGGACUUCUGGCCCUUGCUUACACUGGUGUUCCAAAAACACAUCACCUGCAUCCCACAGAGCCCAUGAAACUGAGCCACUAAGGUUGAAGAAUCAGAUGGGUCUUAGCAACAACUCCCUCCUCUGACAGCCCUCCUAGUCUCCGUAGUGAGGCCUGAAGUGGGGGAACAGUAAUACUCUGUAUGGCACUUACAUAGCUGCUCAGUUCUCAAAAUGCCUUCAUGUUCGUUCUCUCCCAGUGAAAAUAAUAGUUUGCAAGGUUGAAAAAGAAUCCCCCUUAUUUUUAGAUAGAAGGCAUCUGGUGGGGACCAAACUUCAUUCCAAACUGAACUUGCCAUUUUAUUGGGAGAUAAAUGAAUGUUUCUGUUUUGGUUUUUCCUCAGGCAGGAAGAGGUGAGGAAAUUAGGUUUCGGGGUGGUGGUGGGGGUGUUAUAGCUUGGAGAGGCAAAAGAUGAGGAAAAGAUUAAACAGGAAGGAACUUGAGACUAGAUUCAUUUAAAUAUUUGUUAUUCGCUCCCCCACCUCCAACUAUAGCCAUUUCGAUUCCUGGAGAGCAUUACACAUAUGUCCCAUCCCAGGCCUCCAGCCACAGCAACCACACGAGUCAUUUCCCCUGGAACUGAGGCUGCAUACAUACCUGGGCUCCCCACGGAGGGGGAUGAUGCAGGGAGGGGAAUCCCACCUGCUGUGAGUCACCUGCUAGUAUAAAGGGCGGGUGUUACAAUGCAGGGACCUUAAAAAGAGCCUCAGAGACAAGGGUAGAAAAACAAGGGAAGCAGCUCAGAACCUCAGCGAACAGAACAGCGGGAACCAAACCAGAGACACACAGAACAGAGACCAUCAAGCUCAGAGCAAGGGGAAGUGGGCAGAGAUUCCACAGGGACUGGUGCAAGGCACAGAGCCAGCCAGAUCUGAAAAGCAGGCACCAAGAUGCUGGGGAGCAGAGCUGUGCUGCUGCUGCUGCUGCUGGUGCCCUGGAUUGCUCAGGGCCGGGCUGUGCCUGAGAGCAGCAGCCCUGCCUGGGCUCGGGGCCAGCAGCUCUCACAGAAGCUCUGCACACUGGCCUGGAGUGCACAUCCACCAAUGGGACCUGUGGAUCUACCAAGAGAAGAGGGAGAUGACGAGACUACAAGUGAUGUCCCCCAUAUCCAGUGUGAGGAUGGCUGUGAUCCCCAAGGACUCAGGGACAACAGUCAGUCCUGUUUGCAAAGGAUCCACCAGGGCCUGGUCUUUUAUGAGAAGCUGCUGGACUCAGACAUUUUCACAGGGGAGCCUUCUUUACUUCCCAAUGGCCCUGUGAGCCAGCUUCACUCCUCCCUACUGGGUCUCAGGCAACUCUUACAGCCUGAGGGGCGCCACUGGGAGACGGAACAGACUCCAAGCCCCAGUCCCAGCCAACCUUGGCAGCGCCCCUUUCUCCGUCUCAAGGUUCUUCGCAGCCUCAAGGCCUUUGUGGCUGUAGCUGCCCGGGUCUUUGCCCAUGGAGCAGCAACCCUGAGCCCCUAAAGCCAACAGCUUAAGGAUGGCACCCAGAUCUCCAUGGCUCAGCAAUGCCAAGAUGAACCUAUCAGGUAGCCGAGGCCCCUGUGAGCCAACAAGUUCAAUCAGUCCAUCAAUUCUAAUGGGACUUGCAUGUAUUGAAAAAUUACCAAAACUGACUGACUUAAUAACGCUGACCUAGGACAUGUUGAGUAUUUAUUAGAUGGAAAGGGAAAAUUUGGGAUUAUUUAUCCUCAUGGCAGCAGUUUGGGGAGGAUGAUUAUUUAUUAUAUUUAUACUAAAUUAUGUACUUUUUUUCAAUAAACCUAUUUAUGUGG